UCCUCUUUGGUUAGGCACGUGCUAAACACAUGGUGUUACUCCAAUGCAAAAGAAAUAGUGAAUACUACUGAAAUAAUGACAGAUUAUGUUGUCUUCUCUUCAAUUUAUAGUUUUUUUUAUCAAUUAAUUUCACAUGCAACCAAUAUUUCUACGAUAAAAAAACCAAGAGUUUAUAAAUUUAUUGUGUUUACGUAAAGAUUUUAAGGAAAUUCAAUAAAAAUGAAGAAUAAACCGGUUCGCCACAAAGAAACUAAUACUUUCAAGUUUAAAAAAUUCUCUGAACGAAUAUCAGAGAUCGACGUAGAUGUGUUUCAUCGAGUUGUCCACAAGAACGAGGAGUUCUCAGAUGACGAGGAAUCACUGGAAACAAAUUUCCACAAGACACUGCAGAAAUGGAACGUCUUGAAUCUUACAGAAGGCUACAAGAGCUUCAGAAAAGAAGUGCAACAGGUUGUGACUCUUCCUCAACUCCUGAAGCACAAGCAAGAGGUCAUAGACUCCCUUACAAAAUACUUGAAGAUGAAGAACGCGGUAUUCUUGCAACCCAUUCUCGACUUAGUCGUGGCAGUCGCUAAAGACCUCCAGAGGGAUUUCUACGAGCACUUUCCACACUUCCUCGCUAUAAUCAUCGAUCUCCUGUCCACUAAGGAUCCAGAUAUCCUCGAGUACUCCUUCACAACCCUGGCGUACCUAUUCAAAUUUCUGUGGAGGUAUCUUAUAAAGAACAUCGAUAGAGCCUUUCAACUCCUUCUGCCACUUCUCGUGGACACCAAGCCAGAGUACGUAAAUAAUUUUGCCGCUGAGAGCUUUGCAUUCGUGGCUAGGAAAGUCAGAGAUCGAGAUGCAUUCUUGAAAUUAGUAUUUGAAGCCCUGAAGAAGACUCCGGAUGGCACAGUUGGCUGUGGAAAACUUUUAUUCGAAGUGAUCUCUGGUAUUUCCGGGCAGUUUCACUCCUGCGCUGAGGAGAUGUUGACUCUGUACUUGAAUGCAUUAAUUGACGACUCCAUGGAUGAGCAAUUGGUUUACGAUGUUGUCCAACAGGUUUUCACAUGCAUUACAAAUUCAAUAAUUCCUAAAAACAGCCAAGUUCUAUGGACCGUCAUCUACAAGUUCCUCGACGAUCACUCAACUAAGGAGAAUGAAAAAAGAAAAAUGAUAACUCUGAUCUUGAGGCUCUGUCGCCUGAUUGUCAAUCACAGAGGAGGCAGAAUGUUGAUCGACCCAGUAGAGAUGAAGUCUAGACUUGUGAAGAUAAUCUCAGUUGAUGAUGAUGAAGUCCUCAAGGAAGCUGUUGAUAUGUGCAUCGACGUUCUCCUCGCCAGUAAUUUAAAGUUAACUCAGGAGGUUUCCAGUGAAUUUGCCUCUAGAUUACUGUCAAUCAAGAACAGGGGAUUAGUGAGUUAUAUUGUGGAAAGUUUGGUCCAUCACUCAUCCUUUGAGACCUUGAUUCUUCCAAUGGCCCUCCAAAGAAGUGUCCUGAAGCAAGAAUUUGGAAAUAAUGAUUUGGAAUUGUUCUCUAAAGUGGUCAAUGCCAAAGCACCUCCCAGUCUCAAUGGCAUCAAUUCUAAAUUAUGGAGAAAGAUUAAUCUAGAUCUCAGAGGAUUUCCUACAGCUAUUGACUACCUCCAUGAUAAACUAGGAAAUUGGACAGAGAAGAAUGUGGACUAUGAAGAAUUACUACGGGUUGUUGUUAUUAUGCCUCAUGUGACUCCUGUGAAGAAUGCUUCGAUCGAAAAAUUAAAGGAGAAUUUAAUCUUCUUGUAUGAGAAAUUAAUCGCAGAAGAUUGCAGCGAUCUCCCGACUUCUGAAAUGGAGAAGAAAAACUUCGCGUUCCUAUUGAUGUUAGAAUCAACAGUGCAUCUAUUGGACAUCGAAGACUUCCAAAAAUUCAUAGCAGAAUCGAAAAUCAAUAUCCUGGAACUGAUCAAAAAAUACCCACAGUCUGUCAAUAUUUUAAAUGCUGCAGAUGUAUUUUUCACGUACAUCAAAAAUUCCGAAAUGAAAAAUCUUUACCUAAACGAGGGCACCUUCGAUGAGAUAAAUAAACACCUAGUGGAACAAUUGGGUUCUCCCUACAGGAAAAUUCGGUUAGCUGUAUCUCACAUUUACUCAUUAUUUUCCGAAGUAAAGGACUUAUUCCUCCAGAAGACUGAUGAUGGUCUGAAUGCUUUGGAAAUCUUAUUCGCUGGUGAAAGUGUCGAGACAACAGUUUAUAAUUACCGAGAUCGUCUAAUCCACCUGCAGGCGCUCACCUUUACCUCCAGGGCAGUGAUGAAUCUCAAACCAAAAUACCAGAACUUCGCAGUGAGAUUUCUGAUAGGCAACUUGUAUAUAAAUUUUUCACUCCUAUGGGAUCCAACAGCCAAAGCCAUAGCUACUUUCGCCAGUGACAAGUGUCCCCACUUCUGGCCAAUAUUCCUACAGGAAUUAAAAACCCCAAAUCUUCCCACAACCCUCGAGACCCACGACAACAUAUUCACCUGUGAAAUUCUCAAUUCUCUAAAUCAGAAAUUAUUGUCAAUCGACAAACCUGAUCUCCAGAAUUACAAAAUCCUCUUAUGGAAAUGCAUGACGGAAUUUCCAGAGUACGUUGAGAUAAAAAAUCGAGAUGUGACAGUUCUUUUCAUUGAUUUCGUCGAGAAUAAGAUAUUCAGGUCAAAUUCAGAGACAGCACGAUCAUACAACAUUUCAAAACGCGACAACUUUCAAGAGACGAUAAUAGAGGAUAAUAUUUCAGAAGACGAGAAUGAAGGGAUGAAAGAGGGCGUUAAGCCUGAUGCUUCAAAAAAAUCGUCCUUUAAAAAGCUGGGAAGAACAUCGGACUUUAAAAUACUCCUCGCCCAGUUGAAUAUAUUCUCCAAGGCCAGCAACCCCAAGAUGCUGUACCGAGAGUCCGAGAUGUACCAAAUUUAUCUGGAGCUCUUGACAUCGAAGAGCAUUGAGCUCCAGAAGGCAGUGCUGGACUGUCUCUCGUCCUACAAACACAAGUUCCUGACCCCCUACAGGGACCACUUGUACGGUCUCAUCGAGGAGAAGAACUUGCGGAACGAACUGGCGCGAUUCAAAAUAGAACACGAAGAGGAGACCACUGGAAUGAUUCAGGAGGACCACCGAGAGGCCCUGAUGCCAAUCCUAAUGAGACUGAUAUACGCAAAGAUGAUAUCGAAGGGCACUGGAAGGGCAGCAGGAGCAGCCGGUGGUCUAGUUCGUCGCAAAAUUAUCCUGAGAUUCUUGAUGGGAGUAAAGGAACACGAAAUGAUGCUUUUCACGAAAAUGGCGUUCAAGCCCUUCGAGAAAUUCAACAUCAGUCUCUCCCCAGAGGAUGACCUAAAGGAUCUCAAGGAAUUGGUUACAGGCGUAAUGAAAACUCUCAAUUUAUCCGACGUGAUUCCUCCAAAACGCCUCCGAUCGGCUGUCAAUCUGCUGUCGAUCAUUAUCGAGGAAUUCGGAGCGAAAAUGUCGGACAACCUUCUGCCGAGGCUCCUGGCCCUCCUUCUCUGCAUUAUGGCACAUAUCAGGGGUAUUCUCGAACAAUCGGAUAAUGUCUUGUCAGGGUUCGUCCCAAUCAUUAAGGAUCUUAAAAACACAUGCAUCGGAAUUCUCGCCAGAUUUUUUGGGCACUUUGAGAAUUAUAAAUGGACUGAGACAGAACUCGACGUGCUCUUCGAUGUUGCUGUCUUCCCCUGGAUUGAAAAACUUCCUGUUGAGGGUGUUCACAGCCCCACAGCUCUAUUGAAACUGCUGUCCUCGUGGUGUCAGAACCCCAGGUACUUCUGCCUCCUCGUGAAGCAUCAAGAAGGCAACACCAGCGUGUCUCCACUCUUCUUCGUCAUCAAGCUUCUCCUGGGAGAAAAAACUCAUCCAUCAGUGAUUAACACCAUUUUAGACAUGUUGGAAAAACUCUUGACCCUCCAGGAUUAUGGAGUUAUCGCUGAGGACCAGAUGGAGGUUGAUGAAGUGAAGAGUCCCUUGAAGCCGAGAAAUGUUCUGGAAGUUAAUGCUGAAUCACUACUCCCCGGAGUUCAUAUUAACUACGGAUCGUCAAUUCUUCUCUCCCACGUACCAGACAUUCUGUUUUACAUCCAGAGAAAAUUCCAAAAGUCAAAGUAUGGGGUGAACCGCACAGAGACGAGUAUUCUCGCGAGAAUUUCAGAGCUCAAUUUGAAUCCAGAGACGUCGAAUUCCCUGGUAUCACUGUCCUUGCCCAUUCUGGUGAAGAGAGCGAUGAAGGGAGAGGCCGAGGAGACGAUUCUCGAGCUACUGACGACCAUAUCGAACCUCAUGAACAAUGUACAAAAGACACAUGUUCACCUCAGAGCAAUCCUCCCACUCUUUUCUUGUGUCAGCUCGUCAGCUGCCCGAAAACUCCUCCUCCAGUUGUUCAAGACGAUUGUUUCCAAAGACUGUGACUCAUUAGUCCCCAGGGACGUCAUGUUGAAAACUGCUGAUCUUCUGGGUGAUCUGAAUGCCACAGACCAGAGAUGGAUCGAUCAGCCUGACUUCGAGAGAAGACUAGAUGCAUUCUCCGAAAUUAAAUCAGCGAUUACUUCAGGGAAUGACGAACAGUCCAGGAUAUUGACGAUUGAGUUUGGAAUUGCUGUGUUGUAUUGCUGUUUUUACUUCCUCAAACGUGAGACUGAUCUUUCUCUGAGGGACUCUGCAGGCCAGUGUCUGAAUAUCCUGGGGCCAGAACUGGCGAGAAGGAGUAAACAGAAUAAAGUGGACAGAAUGUUCCUCAUUGAAGAUACGAUAUUGAAUUUAGUUAGAGUUGGCAUCAGAAGCAAGAACGAGGCUGUCCGCCUGCGCUCUAUAUCUUUCCUUGGGGUGAUGUCGAUGGAGUGUCCAGAUGUGCAUCCCGUCCUCAGGGACUUGAAUGCAUUGACUGACAAGGUUGAUCCUGAAGUAGAUUUCUUUGAAAAUCUGCAGCAUCUACAGCUUCACAGGAAGGCAAGGGCUUUCUUGAAAUUCUGCACAAUGUCGAAGACCCUUGAGAGAGCUCCAAACUCCAAGACAUUAACCCAAUUUAUCUUUCCAUUGGCUUCCUCGUACCUCUGCAAUGAAUCCUUCGCUAAUAAAAACAGUUUGGUCGAUUCAGCGAUUGAGACUGUAGGGGCUGUGUGUAGACUCCUGCCUUGGCAUCAGUACGCAAUUAUCCUCAAGUACUAUUUAGAUAAAUUGAGAUCCUCAACGGAAUUCCAGAAGCAGAUUGUGAGGACUGUGAUUGCCAUUCUAGACGCUUUUCAUUAUGAUUUAUCUAAACUGAAGAUAGUGGAAGAUAAAAUUAAAGCAGAAGAGAGGUCUGAAAUUAUUGCAGUUACUGCUGAACCCCGAGACCCAGAAGAGGAUAACACUGGAGAUGAUAUACCACAUGUCGAUGAGGAAAUCAGAGAGCCUGAAGAGGCACUAGACGAAGCUCUGAACCAGCGAGGAGAUAGUCCAGAGGAUCGAUCUCCAGAGGACGAGGAUCAAACAGAACAAACGAAAUUCGUUGAGAAACAAAUAAUUCUGUCUCCAUACGCAGCCAAAGGUCUAGUCUUCGAUAUAACGAACACAUUCCUUCCCCAGCUCCACCGUUCAAUCCUCAGUAGGACCCAUCACGAGAUGAGUCACAAAGUCAAUCGAAAACGAACAGGAGCGGAGAAGGAAGAAGAAGAACUGAUGCGAGUUCCAAUAGCUCUAGCCCUCGUCAAGCUUCUGCAGAAACUCCCUGACAAGAUCCUGGAUAAGAAUCUUCCUGGAAUUUUCAUGAAACUCUGUACUUUCUUGAAGAGCAGAUUGGAGUCUGUGAGACGAGCGACUCGAGAAAUCCUCCAGAAGAUCAUGAUUACCCUGGGCCCAGAUUACCUCCACCAUUUACUGAGGGAAAUGAAUUCUCUUUUAACUAGAGGGUUUCAGAUCCACGUGCUCGCUUACACAAUCCACGCAGUUCUAAUUUCCAUGAAGCCUUUCUUCAAGGAGACCCAUGUGAACGAGAAUCUUCAGAGCAUUUUACAAGUCUGCAAAGUUGAUUUGUUCGGUCUCAGUGCAGAGGAGAAAGACGUCGCGGGAGUGACUAAAAAUACAUCAGAAGCGAAAUCCACCAAGAGUUUUGAUAUUUUCCACGUUCUGGGACAAUUCAUUACAGAAUCUUGUUUGGUCGACCUUCUCCAGCCCCUCGUGUCAGUUCUCAACGAUGCCAGAUCCCACAAAACUGUCCACAAAGUUAUGGAGUGCCUCAGACACGUGGUUCUGGGUCUAGCUGACAAUAUCUUCAUUCAACCGAACAAUCUCCUCAUUUUUCUGUAUGGUGUCGUCUCCAAGAAUAUUCCAGCCCUGGCUGCCAAUAAAUUAAAAUCUUCUCAGGAGGAAAGAUUGAAGAAUAAACCUCAGAUAUCAGACUGCUUUAUAAUUCCAGCAGAACCGAAAUCUAGAAUGGGUCUGAAGGCUGCUGCAAAGACCUCCGGAGAUACUAACGAUCACAUCCUUUUGGAAUUCGCCCUGAAACUUCUCCACAUUCUCCUGAAACGUGAGAAACUCAAUGCAUCUUUCAAACACUACUUGGAUCCGUUUGUGUCAAUUCUCAGAGAUUGCCUGGACUCUCAACACGUGAAACUAAGUACUUUAUCUCUUCAAUGUCUCAAUUGGGUGAUAAAGAUGGAUCUGGAUUCGGUUCGUUCUGAGAUAAAACAAAUCUGUGCUUCGAUUUUCAAAAUUCUGCACAAGUACGGAGCAGCUGGACUUAGUAAAGGUGACAACUUCGAUCUCGUUAUGGCGGCCUUCAAGACAAUGUCCGUUCUGGUGAGAGAUGUCAAGCAUUUUAAAAUGUCUGAUGACCAAGUGAAAGCAUUGAUCCUCUACGCUGAGCAGGAUCUGCACGACUACGAGAGGCAAGCCACUGCGUUCAAUCUCUUGAAAGCAAUCAUCAGCAGAAAGUUAAUAAUUCCGGAAAUGCACGAGGUCAUGAGGAGAGUCGCUGCUUUGAGUGUCACAUCUGAUUCUGAGAAUGUUCGACAGCAGGCAAGACACGUUUUCUACGCGUUCCUGAUGGAAUACCCCCUUGGCAAAGACCUUGAGAGGCAUUUGACGUUCUAUCUGAAUCAGCUGAGCUACGAACUCCAGAUGGGUAGGAUGAGUGCCCUGAGUAUGAUCCUCAGUAUAGUCACAGGAUUUCCAGAAGUAAUUCUUACUCAGCAGUCAGGCCUCAUCUUCAUCAUGGUAGGGGCUAGACUGGUGAAUGACGAGGAUCCCGAGUGCAAGAAGCUCAGCGCCAAGUGCAUCAGGGAAAUCAUCACCAGAGUCCCUCAUAAUCAGCGAGUAAAGCUUUUUGAUAUCGUUGUCACUUGGUUCAAGAAUCCGAAGGUGUCUCUCCGCAGGCUGGCAGCUCAACUGUGUGGAAUUUUUGUUUCUGUGGAGAAGGACUCGUUCGAGAGGAGACUUGAGGAGGUUCUCCCCCUGAUUCUCAAGCAAUUCAGGCCAGAGGAUGUCGAGGACAAUGCCCCGGGUGAAUUUGUGAAGAGAAAGAGGAAGAAGAGAGUCUUUCGGGAGGAUGUCAAGGACCCGGAGAGACUCAGGGAUCACCAUUUGUUUCAAGUACUGCAAUUGACCCUGAAAAUCUCUGCUAAUUGCCCGAAAUUUUUAAAAAGCGAAAAAUACGUUGAGUCCAUUCGAUCGCUCGGGGAAAAUAGUCAAGAAUGCCUCGGACACCCUCAUCUCUGGGUCAGGCUAGCAGCCACUCAGCAAAUUGGGUUCAUCCUGGCGGCACUUGAUAUUGACAGACUGUCACACUAUUUUCAAUUCAAGGUGUUUGAGCACACUGGAGAAAUUGAGAGCAAGGGUUACAUAUACUCUUCGCCGGUCGAGACACUUAGGCGAUUGAGUUUAGAUCUACUUGCACAGCUGCAGCCUGAAAUGGAGUUUGAAGAGCUGGCUGAUCAGGUUGUGAAGAAUCUUGUUUUCAUUGCGAGGGUUAUCAAAGCCUCGAAUUGGACGAACGUGGAAACCGAGGGGGGCAUCAAGGAAGAGGGAAUUUCUCUGCUUUGGCUUGUUAAGAGGAUUCGUAAGUGUGUUAAUAUGGAAGUGACACAGAAUCCGAAAUCUACGUGUGUGCGAUCAGCCGCAUUUAAAUGGACAGCGGGUUUAGUAACAACAAUUCCAGUGGAUCCAUAUUUGAAAUCCAUUCUAUUCCAACUAAUGUCUCCACUAGUGAGAGAGAUGAUGACAACCGAAGAAUCCAAUGCUCCAUUACGUCAGCUAUCAAAAGAAGUGGGCAGAAUGAUUAAAAAGAGAAUAGAAGAUGAUGAGUACUCGAAAUUACUGGCGAAGGUUCAGCAGAAACUGGACGUUAAGCGGGCUGAGAGGAAAAAAAUUCAGAAUCAACAGUACGUCAUCGAUCCAGAAUUGGCAGCGAAGAAGAAAAUAGCCAAGCAACAGAAGAAAAAAGAGGCGAAAAAGAGAAAGAGGUGUGAAAUUCAAGGGAAGAGAAGGCGCGAUAAAAGACCGCGCAAGGAAGUCGAUAAUUUAACAUAAUUCUCACGGUCCAUUCAUGGACUAGAAUAAUUUCAUGUGUAAAUAAUAAAAUGUUUGAAAAAUUUAUGGAGAA